AUGGUUUCCUGUUUUUCUGCGCCCCGGGACGGCCCCGCUGCUACACUCAACACCGGGGAGAAACUUCUAGCAGAUUUUCAACGUGACUCGCAUCCUGAUAAAGUCUGCCUCGUGGGCAGGGAAUAUGUGGGUGAGAAUGGUCAGCCCAUAGUGAAUCCUCUCAUCCAGAAGAUCAAACAGCAAAUUGCCACUGACCCUACCCUUAUCCCGGAGUACCCACCUCCACUCGGAAUGCCAGAAUUCACCAGCAGGGCGGCACAGCUGGCUUUAGGGAAGGAUAGCCGUGCCAUUGUGGAGAACAGGGUUUUAGGUGUUCAGACGGUGGGCAGCUCUGGAGCGGUGCGUCUGGGAGCGGAUUUGCUGAAGCACUGCUACUGCAUCAGCUCUUCCCAGGCCACCAACGUUCUCCUGUCUUCUCCAAGUGAUGAGUCCUUACCUGGUAUCUUCGAGGCAGCAGGCAUCGGGGCGGUGAAGCGCUAUCGCUACUGGGACACCGAGAAUCGUAAAGUGUGUGUAGAGGAAAUGGUCGAGGACCUGGAAAAAGCUCCAGAACAAAGCGUGGUAGUCCUGUCUGCCUCAGGACACAGUCCCACCGGAGCCGAUCUCUCGCAGGACGAAUGGAAACGUGUGACUGAAAUCCUAGUGAAACGUCAGCUUCUGCCCUUCUUCUUGCUGCCAGCUCAGGGUUUGCACAGCAGGGAUAUUGAUCAAGACGCCUGGCCUCUGAGAUAUUGUGUAUCUUUGGGGAUGGAAGUGCUGUGUGCUCAGUCUUUCUCCCACAACUUCAGCCUGUAUGGAGGGAGAGUGGCUCAACUCCUGUGUGUUCUGAAGGAAAACACAGAUCUUGUGGCCGUCCAAACCCAGGCAGAGAAGAUCGUCCAAACGCUGUGGGCCCGCCCACCGGUGGAAGGUGCCAGAGUGGUGACAACGGUGCUCAGCAAUCCUGCACAUAUGGUGGAAUGGCAGGAAGGGCUAAAAGGCACAGUGGAGAGAUGCAUGAGGACGAAAGAGCGUCUCCGAGACAAGCUGAGACUGUUAGGAAACCCAGGCACAUGGGAGCACUUGAUGAAGUCAGGAGGACUCUACUGUUGUAUUGGACUCUCUGUUCAGCAGGUGGAAUUUCUGGUGAAGAAGAGACACGUGUAUUUGCUCCCGGGAGGCUGCUUCAACGUGAGUGCCAUCAACAGCGCUAACCUCGACUACGUGGCAGAAUCUCUUCAUUUGACUUUGACCGCUCUGCUCUGACCUACACAGUGUAGACAGUUAUAUCUGAAAUGGAUGUCUGGUUAAUCAUAUAGUGAUGUCUUUUUAGAAAAAUAGGCAGUAGAAUUUUGCAUAAAACAGAACUCAGAGUAUAGCUGAAGUUGUUGUGAAGUUGAAGUAUAGCUGAAAGGAACAUCUGCAAAACGUACACAUUACUCAUCACUUACAUUAUAACAGCUAUCAGCAUCA